UCAAGCAACAUGGAAAGACAUAAUCUCACACAUGUCUCAGUGUUCUACCUCAUGCACUUCUCAGAGGAUCCAGACCUGCAGCCCAUCCUCUUUGGACUGAUCCUGUCCAUGUACUUGGUCACAGUGCUCGGGAACUUCCUCAUCAUCCUGGCUGUCACCUCUGACUCCCACCUGCAUAACCCCAUGUACUUCUUCCUCUCCAACCUGUCCUUGGCUGACAUUUGUUUCAUUUCCUCUACAGUCCCAAAGUUAAUUGUGGACAUCCUAACUCACAGGAGAGACAUCUCCUACAUGGGCUGCCUGACACAGAUGUCUCUUUUUUUUCUUUUUGGAUGUAUGGAUGACAUGCUUCUGACUGUGAUGGCCUAUGACCGUUUUGUGGCCAUCUGCCACCCCCUGCAUUAUGCAGUCAUUAUGAACCCUCACCGUUGUGUUUUAUUACUUUUGUUGUCAGUCUUUUUCAGCUUUUUGGAUUCCCAGGCUCACAAUUUAAUUGCCUUACAAAUUACCUGUUUCAAAGAUGUGGAAAUUGCUAGUUUCUUUUGUGACCCUUCUCAACUCCUGGACCUUUCAUGUUCUGAUGCCUUAGUCAAAAGCAUAGUCACAUAUAUGCUUGUUAUCCUAUUUGGUUUCUUUCCCAUGUCGGGGAUCAUUUUCUCCUACUAUAAAAUUGUUUCUGUCCUUCUGAAAAUCCCAUCCUCUGGCGGCAGGUACAAAGCCUUUUCUACUUGUGGUUCUCACCUGUCAAGUGUUUGUUUAUUUUAUGGAACAAGCAUUGGAACGUAUUUAGGUUCAAUUGCAUCAUAUACUCCCAGCAAGGGCAUGGUGGCCUCACUGAUGUACACUGUGGUCACCCCUUUGCUGAACCCCUUCAUCUACAGCCUGAGGAACAAGGACAUUCUUAGCAGCCUGAAGAGGCUCCCUUUUUGGAAAAUCUAA